CGUCACUGCAGAAAGAAGAUUCAUUCACGAAUAUUCGACGCCUUCGUAUCUGUAAGGCCAAGGACCUUCUCUUGGAAAUUAGGCAUACGUAACCAAUUUAAUUCCUAAAAAGAUUCAUAGUUAAAUGUUAAAUAUAAAACCAAUUUGUGAUUGGUUAAAGAAACAAACAAUGCUCCAAACAGAAUUUGUAUUUAGAAAGAAGAACCAAUGAAAUGAAGUGUUUUAUAUGAUUAUAUUGUCCGUGAGUGUCUACCUUAUUUUAACUUUUUGCCUUUAACCUGACGAACUACAAGUAAACAAUAAUCAACAAAGGAGCAUUGCACAAGAUCUAUAUAUUAAUUGUUCUUGUCAGUUUAAGUAUAUAGGUAAAUUCAUAAUGGAUGUAUUUCUAAUGAUUCGACGAAAAAAUAUGACAAUAUUUACUGAUGCCAAGGAUAAUACUACAGUUCUUGAGCUUAAAAAAAUUAUAGAAGGUAUUUUGAAAAUAUCACCUGUGAAUCAACAGCUGUUCAACAAGGAUAAUGUUCUUAUGUCAGAUAGUAAAUUUUUAUCUGAUUAUGGAUUAACAUCAGCAACUGCAAAACCACAAUGUCCUGCAUUAGUAGGAUUAGCUAUACGUCAAGAUAAUGGUCAAUUCGAACCUUUAGAGAUGACACCAUUUUCAUUACCACCUGAUUUACCAGAUGUUAUGAAAUCUCAAGAAACUAAUGGACAAGAACAAUCACCUUGAAACAUUGUGAAACAACUGAUGAUAAAGUGUUGAAUUCAAUACAAUUUUAUAAUUGUCAAAUAUUUCCAAAAAGGCUAACAGCUUAAGCAAACAUGAUGUGAAUAUUAGGUACAUACAAGUUUAUACGAAUAUUAAAAGUGUCUUGAGGCUUUUUAACUUCUGUAGGUAAGACUACUGUUAACUUUUUGGUUAAUUAAUUUUUUUUAUUUUUGUUGUUUUUUGUGAGUAAUGAUCAAGUAUUAUUUGUACUUGACCAUUUGACUGAAAAAAAUAAUAAAAUAUAAAAUUUAUAAUACAGUACACCAUUCAAGUUUAUUGUAAUCUUUUAUAGGUAUAAAAAUGUAUCAACACUUUGUUAUUAUUGCCAAGAUAGAUCAAAUACCUCAGUCAGAUGUAAAUUAUGAUUGUAGUUUGUAUUUUA